ACAAAAAUAUUUUCAAAUGAUUUGACAAUUUACAACUAAAAUUUAAAAAAAUAAUUCAAAUAAUUACUUUUAAAUAACCAGGUUACCUGUUUAUGAUACCUAACUUCACAGAUAUACAUACGAAAAGUAAUCAUGGCACGUCAAUAGUGAGUGAAUUACUAGCUCGAAAUACUAUUUAAGCUGUAAACUGUGUAUAAAUACAAAUAAAUUAAAGAUGUCUGUACCAAUAACUAACAAUAUAAUACCGCAAAACAUCGUAAUAAAUCAAGUGCCAAUGCAACACACAAUAAUGACCAGUGUAAACGCAAAUAAUGGUAUACCACUAGCAACGGCUAUACAACACACAAAUUCAACCUUAGAACACACAAGUGCAAGUCCUACAAAAGUUAUACACAACCACAACAAUAUCCACGGACUCAACACAGACCACUCCUCAGGACAAAUUCUAACGAAAACUCGCCUCCAGGAUCUCGUACGAGACACUGAUCCAUCUUUGAACCUUGAGGAAGAAGUGGAAGAAAUAAUUUUGAAUUAUGUUGACGAGUUUGUGGAUCGGUGUUUGAAUGGGGCUGCAUUAAUAGCAAAGAACAGGCAUGUGAACACGAUUGAAGUGAAGGAUGUACAGUUGUUCCUCAAUCGUAAUUAUAACAUGUGGACGCCAGGAUUUGGUACAGAUGAACUGAGACCAUACAAGAGAAGUUUGACAACUGAUGCACAUAAGCAAAGAACUGCCCUUAUUAAGAAGACACUUAAAAAGUAUUAGAUCUCAGUAAAAAUAUGUUAGUUAUAAUUGUAUUUUUUAUAAAUUGUAAAUAGACAUUUGUUUUUUAUUCA